AUGGAGGGGUUCAUCCUGCCUGCUCCCUCCGGCUCAGAGAGCCCCACUUCUGCCGCCAAGGCCAUGGGCAACACCCUGGUGACCUUGGUCGGGGCCCUGCUUCUCUGCGGGGCUCAUCUCCACAGGCAGUCUUCGAAGAAGGAAGGGGCUAGAUGCUCCCACCACUCCCAGUGCUCCAGUGACUGUUGCCUCAUCAACUUCGAUCUCGGUGGCGCCUUCUGUGCCCCCAGGGCACGACUUACCAUGUUGUGUCUGCCCCAGACCAAGGGAGCCCUCAACAUCAUAUGCCCCUGCAGAAGGGUUCUGAGCUGCUCAAGCCAAGACCCCAACUGUCCCCGCCGAUGCCACUGGAUUUAG